UAUAAAAUUGCAAUGCGAAAUUCGUACUUACUUGACCAGUGUAUGCGCAUACAUAUUCAUUUUCGUAUCAUUGUUACGUUCAGCGUUUGAUCGAUACACAUGCGCGAUUGCUAGCAACGCUUUGCUUGCUCUAAUCACACUUCUCCCGCAAUCAUGGUGAAAUUAACGACGGAUGUCAUCGAGAGAAAAUGUUCUCAAAUAUUGACCACCAAAUCACUCAGCAAGACGAUGAAGAAGGAGGAGUUGCAGAAGCUGACUCAUUUGCACAUGAACGACAUGUUUAUCAGCAGUAUCGGCAACCUCGACGUCUGUAAAAGCCUGAAAGUGUUGUAUCUACAAAACAAUAAUAUAUCCAAGAUGAAGAACCUCCAUGUCGCUUGCAACCUGACGCAUUUGUACCUGCAACACAAUGCGAUAAUCAAGAUGGAAAAUCUGGAGUCUCUGGAGAACCUCCAGAAACUUUAUCUAGGGCACAACAAUAUCGUCGUGGUCGAGGGGCUGGAAAAUCUGAGGCAAUUGCGAGAGCUGCAUAUCGAAAGUCAAAGGAUGCCACCCGGCGAAUCGUUGUGCUUCGAGCCACGCAGCGCUCUCACUUUAUCUAUGUGUUUGAGGAUUCUCGAUAUUUCUGAUAAUAAGAUGACAUCCUUGGGAGACCUAGCGGGUUUUCACGAAUUAAAUACAUUGGAAGCGGGGCACAAUCUCAUAGCAAGCAUGGACGAUUUGAGCGCGACAGUAAGCACAUUGACGUCUUUGAAGGAUUUGACUCUGCGAGACAAUCCGGUUGUACGAUCUUACAGGUACAGAGAGAAUCUGAUCGCCAAUAGCACUUCGUUAGUUAAUCUCGAUGGGAAAAUUGUAACAGACACUUGCCGAAGUUUCCUAAGAAGAUUCAAGAUGGAGAAGCAUAAUCGACGCACAAGGAGGACGACCAAAACACCGCUGGGAGAUGAUAUAACAAAUUCUCUAAACUUGCCGCCAGCUUUCAAGAGGUCUAUCUCACGGGCGAUCUUUCAGCAUCCCGGCCCGCAAUUAUCCGUAAAGAUCACACCCGGAUCGAUGGAGAUCAAUCAAUUGCAGGUGUUCCCGUCUUGGAAAUCAGCAUCCGGCAUCACAAGUGUCAGAGACAAUCAUGUGACACCGAGACCGUUCUGGAGCAACGUAUCUAAAAACAAGGAGACCCGGUUAACACGCUCUCUCGUGAAUAACAAAGCAAUCGCAUUACCGCCCCUCUAAUUUUUCUUACCGACUCCGUGGUGAAGCGAAAAAUGUCUCGAAGGAGAAAUACGUCAAUUGAAGAAUGAUACGCAACAAGCGGUGAUUUGAGUUACGAUACCAUUUUUAUAGAACUUUCUAGCGAUAAGGCUACAUUUGCAUUACUUUCGUGUAUUCUACUUAAGAAUAGUUUCACAAACGUAAGUCAAAUUAACUGCGAUGUAUGUAUAUUGAGUAAAAUUGUGGUAGUUACAAAUAGACGUUAGCAUAUAAAUCCGCGAUACAAAAAUUUUAGACGCAAUGAAAAUAUGAUUAGUUUUGUGUAUAUGUGUGUACGCGCAUGUGUACAUGUAUAUAUAUGAAUGAGAUAGAGAAAGAGAGAAGUUAGGUAACUAUUUUCUAUUAAAUAUAUGAUAAUACUUCUAAUAACUGAACAACGGAAAUAUUAAUAUAUAAACUUAUGAGCUAUAUUUGUACGCUGCUUGAAGAUCUGUACAUUGUAAGCUUGCGUUUCACAUGAUUGCGAUAUAAACUGAUUUGCUAAAACUUAAUGAAGAGCUUGUACUCUUGAAAAAUCACUGUCAGAAAUGUAUCUUUCUAUCUUACCGAUUUUGAAUUAAAUUAUUAUUGCAUAAGCAUAUGCGCGUAUUCUUCAAGCAGGCUUAAACAUAAAAGUAUAAUGAUCUUAAAAAGACGGAAUAAAUAACAAAAAAAUAAUACAUGACAUAUACAUAUAUAUAUAUGUUAGUCACUGAAAGCAUGGAAUGUUAGGUACAAUACAAAAAAAAACAUAAACGUCUUAUUCGCUUAUAUGAGGAAAAUGUAAACCAAAAAAGUGAUAUGCAGCUUAUGUUGAGAGAAGUUGUCACUCACAUGAUGUUGACUCACAUAUUGAUCUGGCACUGUGUGAGUAUAUAAAAAAUGGAUAAUCGUUCUACAUAGUAACGAUCAAGAAUCAUGAAAUUAUAUAGCAUUGCCUUGAGAGCAUAUAGAGGUAGAUCUUAUGCUAAAAAGUAAUUGUUGUAAGAUGUAAUAAACUCAUGUAUAUUUUGUGGCACACAAGCAACUUAUCAUUCGACGAUAUAUAACAGAGCAAGCGGCCAUUUUACAUAUUUAUUAUAAAAUCUCUUAUAUAAACGGGCUGUGAUUAUCCUUUGUUCAAUAAUAAGGCAAAAUACAAUGUAAGACAGCAUUUAAAAAUAAAAUAUAGAUAUAUUUUAAAUAAAAAGAGAUACUAAUCAACAUCUUAUCUGUAAACAUAGAAUAAAUAACUUCUGGAAUCUGUAAACGAAAUAACAAAAAUAAUAGGCAAGAAUACAAACUCUGAAACAGAACGCUUCUUCAAAUUAUGUACCUUAGAAAUAUUGGAGAAGAUGUGCAGAAUAAUUCACAUGUAAUAUAAAAAUGUAUAAAUGUAUAAAAAGUAAAAAAAUACGCAAAAGACCCUUCAUUUAGAAGCUUAAAAAUGCUUUAUAUAUUUUUCAUCUUUUUUUUUUCUUUUUACGUUUUUAAUCCAAAUAUCUGUGCAAUGUAUUUAACGAACGAAAUCUAAAGUAUAUAUUAUUAAUAAUCAAUAAGAAAAUUAUACAUUAAAGAACAAAGGUAUAAGCAAGCCUUGUAAAAUGCGAUUCUUGUAUGCUAACCUUUUCAUUUAAAAUCAGUUGUACAAGUUAAAAUAAAGCUGCAAUAUUGAAAUAUAUCGUUUUUCAUUAUGAAAAUCUUUCUGCUCGACCUGUUUCGCUUAUUUCAGACAGCGUUUGUAAGUUAUGAUGGAACGCAAGUCGCUAAAUUAAU